AUGACCGAGCCUACGAUAGUUGAAAUGCGUGAAACGAGUGAAAAGAGCCCAGUCUCGGGAAAGGGCAUUCAGACGUCGGACUCUGCUUCAGUUUUUCCAAACGCGACUUCCCCAGAUGUGAUCUCUGAUUCCCCUAAUGAGACAGAGGAUCUCUACAACGGUCGAGGCUACUCCCGCCUUUCGAUGGUCAUGAUGGUAGUCUUCAGUGGCCUCGCGAUUGGCUCGGACGGCUUCAACGCCUCGAUCAUAGGCAACCUUGAAUUGAUCAUGGCAGUUAUCUAUCCAAAAUCACUGACCACUGCCGUAGCUUCUCGAUUAUCCAACGCAUUCAUGGUAGGCAUGAUCAUUGGCAUGCUCUCAUUUGGCUACAUCUCCGAUAAACUGGGCCGCAAGACCGGCGCUGUCCUGACCACCACGAUUUUGGUUCUUGGUAUUGCGCUGAGUGCUGGUGCUAGCGGAUUAACUGAGGGUGGUAUGUUUUGGAUGUUAAUCAUUGCUCGAGGUAUUGCAGGUGUCGGAGCAGGCGGAGAGUACCCCGUUGCGGGAGCAGGUGCUGCUGAAGCCACAGAUGAGGCCCCAGGCAUCCGCAAACGAAGAGGCUUCAUUUUUGCCAUGAUAGGUGACCUAUCGGCCUCUCUUGGCUUUGCUUUCGGUGCCCUGGUACCGCUCAUUUUGCUCUUGUGUUUCCAUCAACAAGUCCAGCAUUAUGAAGCCGUGUGGCGAGUCUCCUUGGCCAUGGGAGCCGUUGCUCCUCUGUCAAUUUUCUGGUUUCGCUAUCGUAUGGUUGUUAGCUCUGCCUAUAGCAAGAGUUCUAUGAAAAAGCAGAGAAUACCCUACUGGCUAGCGAUGAAGAAGUAUUGGCGCCCACUGCUGGGCGUUUGUGGGUCCUGGUUCAUUUACAACUACAUCUCUUACCCUUUCGGCCUUUUUGCGUCGACAAUCGUCGAUCAAGUCAAUCCGUCCUCUUCCCUGGCCCUCACAAUGGCCUGGGGAGCGUUGAUCAAUUGCUUCUAUAUUCCAGGCGCCUUCAUUGGUGGUCUUCUCUCGGACCGUAUUGGCCGCCGACGUACUAUGGCACUGGGGUUCAUUCUCCAGGCUAUUCUUGGUUUCGUCCUAGGAGGAGCAUUGGGCCCGAUCGAGACGAAGUUGCCGCUUUUCAUCGUGCUCUAUGGAAUAUUUCUCACACUCGGAGAAGUUGGUCCAGGUUCUACGAUUGUUCUCACUGCUAGUGAAAGCUUUCCCACGGCGAUUCGCGGCCAUGCAGUAGGGCUAGCUGCUGCUUGGAGUAAGGCUGGAGCGGCAAUCGGAACACAAGUUUUCAAGCCUAUUAUGGCUAGUUGGGGAGAUGACGAGCUUCGUGGUACCCAGGCCGUCUUCCUCAUCGGGUCCGCCUUCGCCGUUUUGGGAGCUUGCCUGGCGUGGUUUGUGCUCCAGGACAGCAAUAAAAUCUUAGAUCAUGGCGACCAAGAGUGGAAGGACUACCUGGCCGCCCAUGGUUACACAAACAUUGAAUGGGGAACUGAAGAACAAAAUGGCAUACCAGACAAGGGUUUGGCCGACUAG